GAGUCCGGUGUAGCAGGGAGGCAUGUGCGCAUGACCGGAAGUGGCGCUAUUCAGGCACGUCCCCUUUGGAGCGAGAGGCGGGUCUGUGGCCGCAGUUUCUGAGCUCGCGCCGGAGGCGGGAGUCGGGAGCUUUCUCGCGUAGCUGGCCGCGGCUUUUUCACGUGGUGUUCUGCCUGAGACCGAGGCAGGUGCGCCACGGGCUCCCCAGCCGAGGCCUGGCUGUGGCUGGGGAGACAGUGAAAGACCCGACUGGACAGGCCGGACCGGGCUCAGCACCGCAGGCUCAGACCCGGCCUUUAAGGGGAGAGGCCUGAGAGAAGAGCCCAGAGCGGGGCUGGGGCUGCAGUGAAGCGACGUUGACGCUCAGAGAACUGCUGGGAGGCGGUGGCGCGAGGUGGGACUCAAAUGUUGGAGGAAGGAGAGCCACCUUCUCCAGAUCCUGCCCUUCCCCAAGAGGAAGGCACAGAAGAGGAAGGAAUGGCAGGUGGUCUGCUCCCAGCUGGGCCCCAAGGAUCCACACCUUUCAGCAGUGUGACUGUAGCUUUUACCCAGAAGGGAUGGAGGCAGUUGGCCCCUACUCCGAGGGACAGGUUCAAGGAAGGGAUGCCAGAAAAGUCCAGAAACCUGGUCCUACUGGGACUUCCAGUCUCCCAGCCUGGUAUGAACUCCCAGUUGGAACAAAGGGAAGGUUCAUGGAUGCUGGAGAGAGAAGGCCUCAGGAGUACCUGUCCAGAUUGGAAGAUUGUAUCUGAAUCACCACCUGAACAAGACAUUUCUGAAGAAUCAUUCCAAGACCCAAGUGUAGAGAUGCCCUCUGGGGAGUCAGAUCACAGGAACAGUGAACUGGGGAAGAGCUUCAAUCUGAGACCAGUUCUUUGUCCACAGCAGAGAGUUCCUACAGAAGUGAGACCCCGUAAAUGUGAAACACACACAAAGAGUUUCAGGAAGAAUUCAGAUAUAAUUAAACCUCACAGAGCGAAGCCAUACAUAUGUAAUGAAUGUGGCAAAGCCUUCAGUUACUGUUCCUCCCUUUCUCAGCACCAGAAGAGCCACACUGGGGAGAAGCCAUAUGAGUGCAAUGAAUGCAGGAAGGCCUUCAGCCAGAGCUCAUCUCUUAUUCAGCACCAGAGGAUUCACACCGGAGAGAAACCUUAUAAAUGCAGUGAAUGUGGAAGAGCCUUCAGCCAGAAUGCAAACCUUACAAAACACCAGCGAACUCAUACUGGAGAAAAGCCCUACAAAUGUAGUGAGUGUGAGAAAGCCUUCAGUGACUGUUCAGCCCUUGUUCAGCAUCAGAGAAUUCACACUGGAGAGAAACCUUACGAAUGCAGCGACUGUGGGAAGGCCUUCCGCCACAGUGCAAAUCUUACAAACCACCAGAGGACUCAUACAGGGGAGAAGCCCUACAAGUGUAGCGAAUGCGGGAAGGCCUUCAGCUACUGUGCAGCAUUUAUUCAGCACCAGAGAAUCCAUACAGGGGAGAAACCCUACAAAUGUAAUGCAUGUGGGAAGGCCUUCAGCCAGAGUGCAAACCUCACAAACCACCAGAGGACUCACACUGGAGAGAAACCCUACAAGUGCAGUGAGUGCGGGAAGGCCUUCAGCCAAAGCACAAACCUUAUAAUCCACCAAAAGACCCACACUGGGGAGAAGCCUUAUAAAUGUAAUGAAUGUGGGAAAUUCUUCAGUGAGAGCUCAGCCCUUAUUCGACAUCAUAUAAUUCACACAGGAGAAAAACCCUAUGAGUGCAAUGAGUGUGGAAAGGCAUUUAACCAGAGCUCAUCCCUUAGUCAGCAUCAGAAAAUUCACACUGGUGUGAAACCUUACGAAUGUAGUGAGUGUGGGAAGGCCUUCAGGUGUAGUUCAGCUUUCAUUAGACAUCAGAGACUCCAUGCUGGAGAGUAA